AUGCAAACUCUUCUGAUUUUGGCCCUUGUGUGCGUUGGAGCUUAUGCUCAAUUCGGUGGUGGAGGUAGAGAUGGAAUCUUGAAUGGACACAACAACCUUCGUUCCAAGAUUGCCAAGGGACAAUACGUGGCAAGAGGAACUCGUAAGCCAAGUGGAUCCAACAUGCUGAAGAUGAAAUGGGACGGAUCUCUCGAAUCUUCUGCUCAAAACUAUGCCAACUCAUGUCCAUCCGGACACUCCACCAUUUCUGAUAUCGGAGAGAACCUCUACUACUACUGGUCUAGAGAUAUCGGUAACCUCGACCGAUUCGGAGGAAUGGCUUCUGCUGCUUGGGAGUCUGAAUUCCAAGACUACGGAUGGUCAACCAACAAAUUCACAAUGUCUCUUGCUAACACUGGCGUUGGACAUGCUACUCAAAUGGCUUGGGCUCUGACUGAUAAGAUUGGAUGUGGAGUUAAGAACUGCGGACCAGAUGGAUCAAAGGGAGGAUUGACUAGAGUUGUUGUUGUCUGUCACUACAAGAUUCAAGGAAACUACAUCUUCAAAAGCAUUUACAACGAGGGAUCCACCUGCUCCUCCUGCCCAUCUGGAACCAGCUGCGAGCAAUCUUCCGGACUUUGCGCUUAA